GACAACCGGAAGUAAAUAAUCCAAAAUCCAAAGUCCAAAAACCACUGCCAUUUGCGAAAUUAGGUUCAUCAUGGGGAACUGGAAGAGUUGGCCUAUCUGGUUCCUGCUGUUUGCCUACAUAUUCUUUGUCAGCACACUUAUCCUGAACUUCAUCCAGCUUCUGACACUUGUUAUAUGGCCAUUUGACAAAACCCUCUUCAGAAAAAUCAACUACUAUCUGGCAUAUGCCUCAUGGUGUCAGUUUACAAGUGUUGGGCAGUGGUGGGCAGGAUGUGAAUGUGUGUUACACAUGGACCCAGAGGAGAGGAAAUAUCUAGGUCGCGAGCACAUCAUGGUCAUCAUGAACCACAAAUACGAGAUAGACUGGCUGAUGGCGUGGAUACUAUCAGAAAGAAUGAGAAUGCUCGGGACCACAAAGAUCUAUGGUAAGAAGGUCCUACAGUUCAUUCCUCUGAUUGGCUGGGCCUGGUGGUUCACGGAGUCCCUGUUCCUAAAGAGAGACUGGACGAAGGAUAAGAAGAUAAUCCAGGAUGGAGUCCGGACAGCCAUGGAAUAUCCGGACGACUACUGGGUCACUCUGCUGCUCUUCCCAGAGGGAACGAGGUUAACUCCUCAGAAACUAGAAAACAGCCAAAUUGUUGCCAAGGAAAAGGGAUACCCAAUAAUGAAACAUCAUCUGUUACCAAGACCGAAAGGAUUCGCCUACUCUAUACAGGAGCUGAAAGGAAAAUUAAAUGCAGUAUACGAUGCUACAGUGGUGUUUGAUGAGGGUUAUCCCUCUCUAAUGGACGUGUUAGAAGGGAAGAAGAUAAUGAGUAGGAUCCGAGCCAGACGACAUGUGGUUAAAGACCUACCAGACUCAGAGGAGGAACUCUCUGAUUGGCUGAGGAAUCUAUUUAAAGAAAAGGAUGAAGUUGUGGAAAAGUUUUAUCAAACCAAAGAGCUGGAUCGACCAGGAUUCUUAAUACCAAAACGUUAUACUGACCUAGUUAUCCAUAUAUUCUGGAUCAUUGUGACUCUUGUGCCAUUAUUCUUUUACCUAGUCAAUGUACUCUUUUAUGGAAGUCUUCUUCAUAAAGUAACUGUAGUCCUAGUAUUUGUUUCAGUAAAUUUACUCGCUAAGUACAUGAUUGGAUUUACUCAGCUGGAGAAGGGGUCAUCUUACGGAAAGCAGAUAACCAAACGAAAUAAAGAUUCAGAGAAAGAUACAUCAUAUGACAAAGACAUUGCCAAAGAGAAAAAAGCCUCUUAAUAUUUACACAUAUACUAGUUACAAAUUACUCAUUAAUUUUAAUAAGUUCAAGCCUUUUUAUGUCAAUUUAUUUAUUUGGUGAAAUAUCCAAUAUUUCUUAAUUAUGAGUGUUUUUUUUACCAAGUAUAAGUUUGUAACUGGUUUUAUUUUAUCAUUUCAUAAACUUGGAUGUCCUACCAAAGUAAAAUAUUUACUUACAAAACACCAGUGUAUAUACAUGUCAUUUAUUUAUUUCAUUGUGUGUUGCUGUAGAGUUUUUCCCCUUAAUUAAUUAAUAUCAAUUUGAAAAUGUUUGCUUUCCCCCUCCAGACUCAGAUUAAAAGUAUUGGGUAAGUGGGUAGGUGAGGAAAUUUAAUUCAUUCUAGAAAAUGUCAGCAUAGAAGAGGAAUAAAAGAAAAAAAAUCAUGUCCAAAAAUGUAAAAAAAAAAAAAAAAAAGUUUGGAGUCAGAUCAUUUUUAUCAGUCACUACAACAGCUGGGAGAGGGGAAUCAAUCGUUUUUUUAAAAAGGCUUUAUCAUGUAUUUUAGUACACCCCCCCCCCCUUGAUUAAUGAGAAAUAGAUUUUUUUCAAAAGUUUAGUAUGAUGUCUUUAUCAUUCUAUAUAAAUCAUUCAAAUAAAAAAUUCAUGAUGGUUAGAUUUUCAUUCCAUCGUAGAAUUACAUAGACCAAAUUGCUCUAGCUUCAUUUUAGUUUUUCUUUAGUUUUUGUACCUAACUUUUCUAUUUACAGUGUAGUUAUUUUUUCAUACAUACACUUUUUUGUUAUUCAAUCAGUUACCAAACUACGUGCAGUGUUUUCCCUUUAUUUCAAUGAAAAGGGUUAGACAUCAAUUGUAAUAGACUAAGAGUUGAUUUUUAUGAACAAAAUCUCUGGACAUUUGAAAAAAUAUUUUUAAAAAAAUGUAUAUGAAUAUCUAUACUCUGUGAUGUUAAUUUUUUCAUGUGCUAGUGUACAAUCACUAAUUAUCUUCAGAGUGUCUGACAUUGAUCCAACGAAAGAAAGAUUUUGCUUGAAAUAAAAAGAACAGGUGUACAUGUACAUGUAUUUUAUUUAUCAGCAUUCAAUAUACUGGAUAUAAAAUUAUCAAGCCUUAUGUACUUUCCCUUAAUAU